CAGCCCAUGUCACAUGAUGCUGGAAUACAUAUAAAAUAGAGUAGAGGAACAGCAACCAGCCUCAACAUCCCAGGUUAGUAAGAAAAGAGGCCAAGCUGCAUUACAACAGCAGAUCAGCAAAGCAAAGCCAUGAGCAAUAUUUCCAAAAAUUCGCUAAGAACUGUCUUGCUGCAACUUGAAUGCCAUUUUACAUGGACUUUGCUGAAGGAUGAUGUUGAUCUUGAUAACUUAGAGGAAACAAUUUGUGAUCAGAUUGAGUUUCUAACCACAAAAUCCAAACUCAGUAAUUAUAAUCUGCUAGCCUAUGUGAAACACAUGAAAGGCAACAGUGAGGAAGCUCUGGAAAGUCUACAAAAAGCUGAAGGAGAAGUUCAGACAAAUCAUGCAGAUGAGGUUGACAGGAAAAGUCUUGUUACCUGGGGGAACUAUGCUUGGGUCUAUUACCAUAUGAACAAACUUCAAGAAGCUCAAUCCUACAUAGGCAAGGUAGAAAGCAGCUGCAAAAAGCUCUCAAGUGCAUCUUGCUAUAAGAUUCAUCUCCCUGAGAUCUACUGUGAACAAGGGUGGGCACUAUUAAAGUUUGGAAUAAAGUAUUAUGAAAGAGCAAAGAAAUGCUUUGAAAAGGCUCUGGAAGAGGAACCCAACAAUCCAGAAUUUAAUUCUGGCUAUGCAAUUGCCAUAUAUCGCCUGGAAGAUUUUCUUACAAGAGGCUCUUCUGGUGAGGACUCAUCACUGGAACCUUUAAGGCGUGCAGUAAUACUGAAUCCAAAUGACACCUUUGUUAUGGCACUCCUUGCACUGAAACUUCAGGACAUAGACCAAGUCAAAGAAGGAGAAAAGUACAUCGAAGAAGCAUUGCAAAAAACCCCAGAUCUUCCCUAUUUAUUGCGAUAUGCUGCAAAGUUUUACAGAAAAAAAGGACUAGUGGAGAAAUCACUGGGGUUUUUGAAAAAGGCAUUAGAAUUUACACCAACCUCUGGCUUCCUGCAUCAUCAGAUAGGUCUUUGCUACAGAACACAGUUAUUCAAAAUGAAAAAAGCUACAAAAUAUCCACCUAGAGAGCAGAUGGAGGAACUGAUUCGAUUUGGCAUUUUUCAUUUUAAAAUGGUGGUGGAGCAAAAAUCAAAGUUUAUGUAUGCCUAUAUUGACCUAGCAAGCAUGUAUGCAGAAGGAAAUCAAUAUCAAGAAGCAGAAGACACCUUUCAAAAAGUAUUUAAGAUGGAGAAACUUACCUGUGAAGAGAAGCAACAACUCCACUACCGCUAUGGACGCUUUCAGGAAUAUCACAAAAAGUCCGAAUCUGAGGCCAUUAAUCAUUACACAAAAGGGCUGAAGAUUGAGAAAAACUCGCAUGAAAGAAACCUGUGCAAAGAUGCUCUGAAGAAAUUAAUAGAAAGGAGAAUUCAGAGAGGCGCUGCAGAUGCUAAAAAUUUCAGUAUUCUUGGACUUAUUCACCAACUGAAUGGAGAGAAGCCUCAAGCAAUUCGGUGUUAUGAGAAAGCCCUGGCAUUGGAGCCUGAUAAUGAAGAAUCCUUAUGCUCUCUCUGUGAUAUACAGCUUUCCAAAGAAAUCUAAAGCUUCUAACACCUGGCAGAGAAUCCAUUUCUGUAACCACCCAAUUUUUUUCUUCAAAACUGUAUAUGAUGAAAAGUUUGUCAACUUCCUGCAUUAUUUGUAUGAUAGCCUGAAUUCCUCAUCUAGGCAAAACUUGCAUUGGAGUUUGGACAUUACUAAUUGGCAUGUAGUGCAGAAUUUGUAAUCCUAGCAAUUAAUGAGCUCUUGUGUCCUCUCCCCCCUGCAAAAUAACUGUGUUUAUGUUGAUAACAAAGCCCACGUCCACACUACAGGGUAAAAUCGAUGUUAUUAAAAUCGAUUUUAUAAAGCAGGCUUUAUAAAAUCGAUUUUGCGCGUCCACACUAGGGCUACUUACAUCGAUGUUGAGCGUCCAUGUUCCCUGGCGUCCAUCUUUUCCCUGAGCGUUGCACUCUGGGUACCUAUCCCACAGUUCCUGCACGGGUCCCUGCCCUUUGGAAUUAUGGGUUACUAGCCCAGUGCAUGAUGGGAUCAAAGUCCCCGUCCUGGGUGGUUCUGGGUACAGCCCCCCCCCCCCUUCCUGUAAACGGCACACAGUCAGUUCGCGCUGUUUUUACUGGCUGCAGUGAGGGAAACGCCAUUUUGCAGCAAGCAUGGAUCCAGGUCUGCUCUUGUCCUUGAUCGCGAAUGCUGUAAAUAAUUCACGCAUUCUCGUUCUAUCACUGCUGACCCAUGAUGCAGAAAUGCAAGAGAGAAUGCUUGAAUGCGGGGACGACAGCGAUGACGAACUGGAGAACGAGUUUUCUGACUCCCCGGGCCCCUGCACGUUGGAGCUCCUGACGGUUAUGGGUGAGGUUCUACCCGUUCCGCGCCACUUUUGGGCACGGGAAACAAGCACUGACUGGUGGGACCGCAUAGUCCUGCAGGUGUGGGACGAUUCGCAGUGGCUGCGGAACUUUCGCAUGCGUAAGAGCACUUUCUUUGAACUUUGUGACUCGCUUUCUCCUGUCCUGAAGCGGCAUAAUACCAGG